CGCCUGUGAUUCGUUGUGGACUUUAAGGUUCCACCCAUUUCGGGGGAAAACGGAACCGUGAAGUGCAAGUGCUUCAUUCGCCUUUCAUUCCAUCGUGCUGGGUGACUUUCGGAGGCAACAUCGAACGCUACUCCCUAAUCAAAAUUCCAUCUUCACUCCGGGCUUCAGAAAAUUCAUAAUUCUGUAUAGUGAUAAAUCAUGUCGAAUUAUUCGGAGAUAGAUGAAUCACCGUCGGGGGCAAGCUUGGGGCUAGUGGUAGCGACAUCGUUCCAAAUUCUUUUCGGAAUCUUGGGACUGGUGGGGAAUUCUGUUUGCUUUGUCGUUUUACGCCGUCAAUCUCUCAAGAACCACACAAAUUGGUUAAUUGUAAACCAGUGUACGGCCGACCUCCUAACAUCUAUCGUUUUAAUAUUGGUCGUCGUUCAACUCCAUUGGUUUACCCUUCCUCCGAAUCUUGGAUACCUCGGAUCCCAACUCUACUGCCGUCUUUGGGAUUCGCGGAUUCUCAUCUUCAGCGGCUUUUCGACAUCUACAUUCAACUUGGUAAUCAUAUCUGUUGAACGUUACGUCGCGGUUGUGCACCCGAUGCUGUAUGUGACGCGUAUCAAACGUAAAACAAUGUACGUCCUUGCGGCAACUGCUUGGCUAACCGCACCAACUCUACAGAUUGUUUUGGCAAUUACCCAGUUCGACUACCGCGGUGGACGCUGCGUUGUAAUCGACAGAGGGCCGGCAGUCGGCGUUGCGUUGUUUCUUUGGGAAUAUUUUUUUCCAGUCGUCAUCAUGGGCUUUUCCUUUGUCCGCAUAGCAGCUCGGUUGUGCUCUCUUAACCGCGUCUCAACCGCGGUGACGGAUGGCACCGACGCUUCCACUGCAGCAAACGGUACUCAACCUUCAAACGUGCCCUCUGGACCCGAACCAACAUCGUUCGCGCCUGUAUCAACGAAUGGCCCAAGGACUGGCCCUGCGCCAGCACCAGCUAAUCCAACCAUGCAGGAAUGCAGGAACGUUCGACGACGUAACAUCACCGUGACUCUCCUCAUAAUCUACCUUACUUAUCUAGUUUGCUGGACACCCAACCAGAUUGUCUUUUUGGCCUUCAAUUUCGGAGUUCUCCCGAACUACAUAGGCAGUACAGGUCAUAUAAUUACAACAUUUCUUGCUACACUGAACAUCUGCGUAAAUCCAAUCGUAUACGCUGUGAAGUAUAAGACAUUCAAGAAAGGACUACGAAAUUUCGUGUUCAGAUGUCUUCGAAUUCAGGAAUAGUGUAAAUGGCAUCAAUUAUUGGGCUAGCCCAAUUAUUGCCAUGCACUUUAAGUCCAAUUGAUCAUGUUGAUAGGUCCUCGCGCUGUCAUUUUUUUUUUGUAUUCAUUUCAAUCAAUUCACAUGUCAGGUCUAGAAAAAACCACUUAACAACGCGUUUGUUAUAUUUUUGAAUAAUUAACAAAAGGGAGGGUGAGAAAUUGCGAUCUAAAAGGAUUGACAUGAAAU